AUGGACCCACUGAGCGCGAUCGCUUCUGUUGCGGGGAUCGCCACAGCCGCAGGCGAGGUUGUCAAAAUCCUUGGUCCUUACAUCACGGCAGCGAAGGACGCACCCAAGAUCGCGGCCCAACUUUCCUCGGAGGCUCUUGCGACGCAGACUAUCCUCUCUGCUCUAGGGCAACUCGCCAACAGCUGUUCCACCGAAAAUGCAAACUACGCGUCCCUAAUCCGGGCGGAUCAACUCAUCGCGGUGCUCACCGAUGGGGUUACGAUAUUUUCCGAGCUCGAAGCAAUGCUGCAGACACUCCCACCGCCCGAACCGAUGAGCCCGGGUGGGCGUUUAUGGUCGCCAAUGCAAUGGGUUAGAAAGAAGGGUUCCUUAGCUGCCUUAUUCACCAGGCUGCAGGCCUUCAAAUUAUCUAUUAACUGCAUUCUGAACAUUCUCCAGAGUGAUUCCCAAGCCAGAGCAGAAAAUAACCAGCAGCAGUUGAUAUUGGCCGUGGAAACGCUCUUGGAACACAACCAUGAUCUAUCUAAGAGAAUGAUGUGCAUAGAGAGUACUAUCGAUACAAUGUCGCAGCGCCGCCCAACCAUCCAGUUUACAGCUGGUAUCGACAGUCUGGAGCCGCAUACUGCAUCACCAAAACGCCCCUCUCGCUUCGAAUUUGAGUUUGAGCGUGACCUCACAGCCUCUCGUGUUUACCGCCGAGCUAAGAGAGACACCAUGGAUUUCUCAGUACGCAGUUCUGUGGCCCGCACUCACGCUUGGUCUAUAUUCUCCGGAAUCAGUCUCAGCAAAAUCUCUGAGAUGUCCGUUCUAGCUCUCCCAUUAUACGCGGAAGACAUUACCAAUCCGCAGCAUUACCAUUUUGGACACGAAGCUUUUCAGCCUAAACGCUUACUUUCCCCAACUGGUUGCACGAGAUCCAUCUACCAUGAGUGUGUUGAAGUGCAACUUCAGCUGUCUCAGCUUGAAUGGUUUGCUGAACUCCACCGGCAAGAAACCCAGAGAACCGAAGAUGAAAACCCCCUAUCCAUUCUGAUCGCCAUAUUUAGGCGCGGAACUCCUCUGUUGAUGUUAUUCAAUCAACUCGACAACUCACAGCAAGAAAGAUGGCAGAAUUUGAUCGCCUCUAGUCCAACUGAUACGGUUGCAAAGCUUGCCAUGGUCGAAUUCGUUCAGGCUUGCGUAAAUCGCUUGAAUUUCCAGCCCUCUGACUGCUUUACUGUAGCUGAUCUCGUGAGCCUUGACACAACAAAUCACAUCAAGGUUAAUAAAUAA